CUGAUGGUGAUAGGCGGGUGCCGUUGCUAACAGGCAAGUAUACCCCAAGGGCAUCCACGUAUUUCUGGGGUGUUGACCGGCCACACCCCACACCAACGUUAAACAUCGAGUGCUGAGGGGGCUACUAGCUACUCUGUCGAAAUUUACUGGAAGCUCGAUCUGUUCCUGAACAAAGCACCAUGGUGAAGGUGGUGGUGGAGUACUGUGGGGGAUGAGGUUACAGACCCCGCUAUGAGGAGCUGGCCAGGAUGAUCAAGGCUAAAAUUCCUCAGGCGGAGGUUACUGGCUACACCGGUCGUGCACGAUCCUUCGAAGUUACUGUCAAUGACACCCUCAUCUUCUCCAAGGUUGAGCGUGGAGCCUUUCCUAACUUUGAUGAGGUUGUUGAGGUUGUGAUCUCUGCUGACGGUGGUGGAAGCUUAAAGAGAGUUGAAAAAGUGGAAAAAUCUUGCACUAUCAUGUAGAUCUGCAAUUUGCAACAACCAUAACAUUCAAUUUUGAUGGAGCCUCUUAAUGUAUUAAUUGGAAGAGAAUGUGUUGGGCAAUAAUACCCAGUGAAGGGAAGUGUUGAAACCUGGGACAUUUCCUGGAAGAUAGUGUUAUUGCAUAGCAUAUUUUUUUCUUCUGAAGUACAUUUUAUUGAUGUAAUAAAUGAGAAACACUU